CACCGAUGAUUGUCGAUGUUGGCGAUCUUGUUGUUCUUGUUGUUUGUAAAAAAGUGAGGUUAGAAGUAAACAAAAAUUUUACACCCUAAAUAAAUUGUUACUAAUAUUUAAAAAAUUAUUAAAUUUACAAUGAAACAUAAGUUGAUGAAACGACCUACAAGUCCUGAUGGGGCAAUUGACGAGAAUUCUCCAAAAAAGCUAAAAAAUGAAAGGAAAUCGAUUGACAAUUUAAAAAAUGAAAUACCACUCGAGAAAGAGGAAAUCAAUAUUUCUAAUGUUAGUGAGAAAAAACACAAGAAAUCAAAGAAAAGAAAUAUUGAUCCAGAAGAAGACAUCCAAUCAACAAAUGAUUCAAUCAAUUUAAACGAAACUGAAGAUAACACUGAAUAUAAAGAGAAAAAGAAGUCCAAGAAGAAGAAAAAAUCGAAACAUGAAAGUGAAAAAUUAGAAAUAGAUGAAGAAUCCACAGAGAAUGUACGGGAAGAAGACAAUGAAAAAGAAGUUAAAAAAUCAAAGAAAGAGAAAAAGAAAACAAAAGUUGAAAAAUUGGAAAUAAAUGAAGAAAAUCCACAAGUCGAAGAGAUGAAAAAUGGCAAUGAAACUAAGAAGACAAAGAAAAAGAAGAGAAAGGAAAUAAAAGAAAAAUUAGAGGCAGAUGGAAGUAUUGAAAAUGAAGACGAGGAAACUAAAAGUGAUAACACAGUUAAAAAGCCAAAGAAAAAGAAAUUAAAAAUUGAGGAAGAGAAAGAUGGAGACGAUUCAAAAGAACAACUAAGUGACGAAGAUAAUAAUGAGACUAAAAAAAAGAAAGGACCCUCUAAACGACAAUUGAAAAAAGAAAAACAAGAAACAAGAGAAAAAGAAAAACAUGAUGCAGCCAAGCAUAAGACUGCAGCUAAUGUUCUAAAUUAUCUGUCUAAGUGGAAACAUGCAAGAAGCGAGUGGAAAUUCGAAACAAUAAAGCAAGCAUGGUUAGUGAACCAUUUUCUCGAUGAAAAAUUAAUACCGGACAAAUUUUAUCCCACCGUAAUAGAAUAUUUCGAAGGAUGCAAAGGAAAAGCAAAAGAUCUUCUACUAAAGAAAGCUAUGGACGUUGUUAAAGAGGUCGAAGCAAAAUUUGAGGAAUCAGAAGACGCUGUCGAAUCAGUAGAAUAUCAAAGAGCAAGGCAAUUGCUUCAAAAUUUACCAACAGAUGUUUAAAAUCAUAAUAUUACAAUGAUAAAUAAAUUUUUAUUUAUUUAAAUUAUCAAAUUUUGAAAUUUUUUGGAGUAUCAAUUUCAAAUAAUUUAAAUUUUAUUAAUUUCAAAUUAUUUAGUUUUCGAAUUUAAAAUCGUUUAGUUUUUUGAAGUUAAUAAUUCAGAUAGUGUUAUGAUUAAAAUUAUUGUUCAAAUGUAAUUAAUAUUUAAGUUAAAUAAUUUUUUUUCAAUUGUACAAAGUAUUGAUUUUAUACUUUAAUUAUAUAUGUUGAAUUGUUAAAAAUAAAAAUGAGAAAAUUUGUAAAGUCUAAAA